AUGAAGUACCUAAAGUGGUUAUCAAUUGGGAGGAAGGAAAAGGUGAAGGAUAAUAAAGUUAGCAUUGAUGAUCUCAAAGAUGGCAGCAGCGUAUCCGGGAAACUUAAGGGUUCGAUCCUGAAGGAAACUCUACGGUCCAUGGAACUAUCAUCACAAUGCACCGUCGAUACUCAAAAGAAUACCGCUAAUGGAUCCGCGAUGGGAAUAUCUGGGACCAAAACGUCCACGGGACCAUCCCGAAAAACCAGCGUCUCAAGCAAAAGGAAGUCUUGGUAUAGUCUAUCAAGCAGAAAGUCGGAAGACUGUGAACCUAUCGCUAUCGAACAGACCAACCUUUGCAAUCGAACGGAAAACCCUAAAGAUCGAAAAAAAGCCUCUCCACACGCAACUAAACAACCUCCACCUCUACUCAACACCCAUAAACAUGCUUCCAGUAGCUCCAUCACAAUCAUCGUCACAUCUCCAACCUCAGAUACCAACAUCCAAACAGAUUCUUGCUCGAUAUCUAGUACCUCAUCACAUUCCUCAUCCCCAUCCUUAAAAUCCACCUCCAGCUUCGACCCUUCCCUUCUCAUGCCCCCUUUUCCACCAACUCCUCUGAAAUAUGACAUCCCCAAAUCCAACGAAGCUCCUGAGGUAAAAAAAUGGCUUAUCGGUUGCAUGAAUCGAAAAGCUGAUACGCUUCCCCGCAAACUCGUUUUUCGGAUGAUGGAAAUUUAUGGGAUUAAAAAAGAAGAGUUGGAUCCGACAAUGUGGAGAAAGCUUCAGGAAGGGGUCGUAGAUGAGGGGGUGGUAUUGAGUGUUGAUGCUGAUGUUGAGGAUAAGGAUAAGGAUGAAGGCAAUAGAAGCAUUGAGACGGAGAAACAGGAUCUGGAGAAGGAAAAGAAAAAGGAGGAAUCUAAUAGUGUCGAUACAUUGCAGAACCCAAGGAUUUCAUUCUAUUCUCGAGGAAAGCGGGGACGAAAAGAUAUCCCCUCCGAACGACCCAAUAACACAAUUCCCACGAAACGACACACCUACCCUAACUCCAACCCCAAAUCCAACAAUAGCAAAACCCACACCAUCACCACCAUCAAAAGCCCAAACCAAAACCCAAACCCAAACAGACCAACCCCACAAUCCCCACCCCCCAAAACCUCCACAACCAAUCCACGAGUCUGGCAAAACCCCUCAUCGCGCGCGCGGAAUUGGCCCACCACCAUCCCCAAUAACAACAACAUGAUGAAUAUGCACCACACCGCUGCAUUUUCUUUCCCUCCUUAUGCACAUACAAACCCAAAUCCACAUGCGAAAUCAAGACCUAGCUCGCAGCACGGGAAACAUCAUAGGUAUGCAAAUGCACAUGGGAAUGGGUAUGGGUAUGGGUAUGGGAAAAUGACAAAGAAGAAGAGGGGGGUUUGUCCGCCGUGUUCGAGGAGGGGAUCGAUGGUUUCGCUGGGGAGGAUUCCGGAGCAUGAGGAGGGGUUUGGGGGAGGGGAGGGGAAGUGA